UUGCAGUUACAUGUUUUUUAAUUUUUAUUUCUCUUGGUUGAUUAAUUUAAAUGAAAUCACCAUACAUUUUUCACAGAACUUUGUGCAAAACACAACUCAACUGGAGCAUGUCAAAACGCAUCAACAUCAAACAUGAAAUGUAUCUGGUGUGAAAGAGCUAAAACAUGCAUCGAAAGUAAUGAUCAGAGUACACAUCAACUUAAAGUAAAUGAUUGCAGAGUUGAGGAGGUCCCGGAUGUCAGCGAUUUGAGCACACCAACACUAAUCAAGCACAUUGAAACAACUUUGGCAACCACCGAAGUUCAGGUUAAUGAAAACCUGAAAGAAACUACCGAAGAAACUGACCAACACUCGAAUACGACAACUCAUAUAAUCAAAGAGAAUAACCGGGACAAUUUACUUCUGUACUUAUUUAUUGUGGUACUUCUACACUUUUUCAUCUCUGUUCUACGUAUCGGUUACGUUAUUUGGAGAUGGUUGUGUAAGAAAAAGAAAAGCGAAAAUUGAUUUUCACAAACGCUUUAUAUCUUGUUUUUAUUAUUCUGACCACGAUGUUUUUAAUUUGUCAUUCAUUAGAAUAUUCUAGACUUCAUUAUUCAUUUCAAUAAUUUGGACAAUUUCUUUAAAGGAACUAUUCAUUUUCUUAUGCGUAUUCACAU